AAGCCCAGCCCUAUUGAACUUGAAAAGUACAGCAAGCACAGAAGUAUAACAACUUCCCAGUACUUUUAAUUGAUCUGGUAUUUCUACAAGGUGCCACCCUUUUCCACACCUCCUGCCUCCUCCUUAAGUGACUCAGCCUCUGAAGUAGAAGUCUCUUGACUUUUCAGGCAGCUGGAUGGAGAACAACAGUUCAGCUCUCUGUCUGCUUUGAUUGUACCUCACUUCCAGGUAUCUCCAGGUUGACUUACCAUAUUGAACCACGCUAGGACAUUGACUUCUACCAUAUCUAGAUUCCCACAGAAGGACACCCUAUUGAAGAAAAUGUCAGCCUUCAGCAUACGAAAGCAGUCUCCCAAUCAAAGUGAUAAGAAGAGCCCUUCUGUUGCAAUUAAAAGCAGACAGCAAGCUAAUCAUGAUGUUAACAAGCGACGGACCCUUUUGCAGGAUAACAGCUGGAUAAAGAAGAGACCUGAAGAGGAAAGCGCUGAUGAAAACUAUGGAAGAGCUGUGCUUAACCAAUAUAAAUCCCAAGAUAGCCUACACAGCGCAAAUGAAAAGGAAGAUCAGAAAACUGCACUUGGACGAUACAGAUCUGAUACUAACUUGGACAGAAUUCCAGGCAGUAGUGAUAUCGACAAAAUAAAUAAGUCUCCCACUCUAAAUAAUAAGCAAAACAAUAGACAAUCUUGGACUCCUAAUACAUCAUCCACAAACACUCCUGCCACUUCUCCAAUCAAGAAAAAAAGACAAUCUUGGAUGCCUCCCCCAGUUUCAAGUAAUAAGACCAUGACAGAAGCAGUGGAAUUCAAGCGGGCCAUAUCAUCAGAAAAUUUGGAAGAUCCAACAAGUGCUGUUUUUUCAUCAGAACAAGUCACCUCUCAAAAAUCAAAGACUGAUAUGGAUGAUCAAGCUACAGCAAGGAAUCAAGACCCUGAUGAUCUCAUCAAAGUGAAUCCGCAGUCUUUCACAAGCAACAAGGAAGUAAAAGACGUUGAGGAUUUUACUGAAAUAAAUGCUGCUUCUCAGAAAAAUAAGAGAGAUGAGAACCUUGGUGAUCAUGUGGAAGUGAAGUCUCCUGAUGACCAAAGUAGAAAAAGCAUAACUAAGCAAAUAUAUGAAAAUCCUUCAAGUGCUUCAAAUAAUGUCCCAGAAGUAACCUACCUCAGUGACAGCAGAAGAAAGAGCAGAAAUUCAUCACGUCAUGCCUAUGAUGAAAAUAUAACUGGAAAUACUAUCAAAACUGUUUACUCUACUUCUGAUCAGAGUAUAAUUGGAAAAGAUAUAUGUACAUACUGCAGGAAGCCCUUGGGCAUAGAUGCCAAAAUGAUCUUAGAUGCCUUGCAAAUUUGCUGUCAUUCAACUUGCUUCAAGUGUGAAGUAUGCAAAAGACCACUGGAAGAUCUGAAAGCAGGAGACAGUGUUUGGAUUUACAGACAAACUGUACAUUGUGAGCCUUGCUACUCCAAAAUUAAGGAAAAAUGGAUCUACUAAUUUUGACAUACAGAAAGUAAGACAAAGAAGUCCCACUUGUGUUUACUUAAGUGUAUUGGCCUGUUACUUCAAAGUGUUGAGGAACACAAUCAGUUUUUAUUUCUAGAAUGCCCUACUGCAUGGUUCUCAAAGGAAUGAAUUCCAUGAGAAUUGAGAUGCCUUUUCAUACACAGAUUCCAGAAAGCAAAACAAGAUAUCUAUUGUUCAGUAUAUUCAUCACUGCUAAACUGUAUGUAAAACUAAUGAUAAUUUAUUGAAAUGUUCUGAAUAGGACAUACUUCUGAGUAGGACAUACUUACACAUCAGUUCUGAAGGCUGUUUAUUCUUUUUAUUGCAACCAUAUCUCCUUAUAAAUAAGAAACUGUUAUCUUUGUGAAGCAUGAAAGGUAUUAAUCUCAUCUAUGAUUAGCCAUCUAGAAGUCAGUUAUUCAGUUAAAACUACUGGUUUCAUAUAGAGUGAGGUGGGUUCUUCUUCAUGCUUUGAAGACAGACGUGAAUCUCCAGAGGAAGAUUCUUCCCAAAUAACUUAAAUGAUAAUUUUAAGAUAGAACAAGUAUAUUUGGAGAAUACAUCUCCCUUUAUUAACGGCAGAGGCAUUAUAAACAAAAAAAUUGUUAGUUGAUUUAUCACAGUAGUAUCCCACUCCAUGUCUUUAAUCCUGGUAACCAUUGUAUUAGCAGUUGAAUUUUUUUUAAGAAGUGCACACUUCACAGUUGCCAUGAAGUCACAGAAUACGUGCUUUGCCUGACAUUAUGUUGUAUUUGUAUUUCUUACUCUAUCAAGCUGCCUGUCUAAAUAUCUGGGAUGGAUUAAUCUCUUCUAAAUGUAAACAUAUUCGGUGAGGAAGUAGAUAAUUUUAGGAACUGGUUGGUCAGAUUGAAAGUAUCUAUUUUAUGAUGAGGUUAGCCAUGUUAUGAACAGAUAUUUUACUUUCCACUGCUUACAAAGGAACCUGGGGUAAAUAGUUCCGAUCUCUAGACACUGACAUUGAGACAGAUGACUUCCUUCUCUUGAGCCUACAUUGAAAGCUUUUUAUUUUUGGACAGUGUAUAUCUGUUGAAGUACAGAAACUGAAAUGACUUCAUUCUCUGUUAUGUUUCUGCGACACUUAAUUGUUAUUUGCCUUAAUUGCCUAAAAUAAUUAUUUCAGUGGUUUACUGGAAAAACAAAGAUAUCGACUGCUAUUCUAUGCUUUGAGGUGUUUUAGAUCAUAAUAUUCAGAAAUGAUUUUCCUCCCUUACCUCUCUGCUGAAAAGGACUUCUUAGUUAUGACUGUGACAGAGUUGAGUGCUUGGAAUCUGCUGGACCUGACCAGAGCUUACAAAACUGAAAAGUGCCAAAUCCAUAGAUUAGUAUUAGACUGUUGAAUGUCUGUCACUGCCAAAUUUUCUCUCCUUGUUUGCACUUGCUCUAAUAGAGACAGGAGGUAAGAAUUUCUGUAUGAUUUAAACCUUUGGGCCCUCAACUGAAUACGAUGCAGUCUGUUUAGCCUAGCGUAAAGAGUGUACAUACUGUUGUAUGAAAGAGUCAUGUAACAGUACAUAAUUUGUUUAAUUAUUUUUAUGAAAAAUGAUUAUGAAUUAAUGGUAGUAGCUUUAGAAAAUCUGUUAUUAUCUGUUUUCUAUUAUUUCUUUUUCUAUUGUGUGCCCAUUGCUGAUGACAUGCUUUAGUUAAAUUAUUAUCAAUAUUACCAUGUGCAUUACUGAUGUAAUGAGACUUG